GGGACCGUUACUUUCAGUUUGAAGGGCGUGGAAGGCCCAGGCAGGGGGAUUCCGGCCCCGUCAAUUCAGCUACAAAUGUAACACAAAUAAGGAUGAGGGGUCGAGUCUCAAACCCUCCGGCUCCGUGAUCCGUGUGCGGAACUGGGGCUGCAGCCUCGAACAAGCUACGAUGACAGGGAAGUUUCCCUUGUUCUCCCCCGGCUCCACUGUGAGCUCCGCUCUGCCCGGCUAUGUCGCUCUCUUCCUCGCUCUACAGGUUCACAGGCUGGUGUCAGCACAGUUCACAGUGACUGGACCUGACCGUCCAGUCACUGCCUUCCUAGGUGGAGAGGCCGUCCUGCCCUGCCACCUCUCCCCUAGGGUGAGCGCUGAGAACAUGGAGGUGAGAUGGUUCCGAUCCCAGUUCUCUGCCGUUGUGCACCUGUACCGUGAUGGGCAGGAUCAGUAUGGAGAGCAGAUGCCGGAAUAUCGACGAAGAACUGAGCUCUUGAAAGACGACAUCACCAGUGGGAGAGUUUCCCUGAGAAUACACGAUAUCCGACCUUCCGAUGAUGGACAGUAUAAGUGUUUUUUUCAGUCCAAUAUCUCUUACGAAGAAGCUUUAUUGGAAUUGCAGGUGGCAGGUUUGGGCUCUGCUCCUGUCAUCUCUGUGGAGGGACAUCAGGAUGGAGGGAUCCGGGUUAUAUGUCGAUCAGCCGGAUGGUACCCAAAGCCCGAGGUGCUGUUGAGAGAUCUCCAGGGUCAGAACUUACCAUCAGCCUCUAAAAACAUAUCCCAAGAGGCCAAUGACCUGUUUCAAACAGUGGUUGCCGCUGUUAUAACAAAGGAAUCCAACCAGAAAGUGUCCUGCUGUGUCAGGAACCCCCGACUCAACCAGGAGAGAGAGUCAGCAAUAUCCAUAGCAGAGCUGUUUUUCCCCAGGGUCAAUCCCUGGAUGGUGGCUCUAUGGGUGAUCCUGGCUGUUCUCAUUGGCCUGGCCAGUUACUGCUUCUGGAGGCAACACAGAGUGAAAGAAACGCUGCGAUCUGAACUGGAGAGCGAGAAAGCCGCACAUCAAGCAGAGAAAGCCUCAUGUCGUGCAGAGAAAGAAAUGCUGCGAUCUGAACUGGAGAGCGAGAAAGCCUCACGUAGUGCAGAGAAAGCCUCACGUCGUGCAGAGAAAGAAAUGCUGCGAUCUGAACUGGAGAGUGAGAAAGUGGUGCAUCGUGCAGAGAAAGACAAACUCCAGGCUGAGCUCAGGUGGAGAAGCGCCCAGCUCUACGCAGUGGACGUGACUCUGGAUCCAGACACGGCAAAUCCCUGGCUCGUCCUGUCUGAGGAUCAGAAACGUGUGAGACACGGAGACACUUGCCAGGAUCUGCCCAACAAGCCUGAGAGAUUUGAUUAUUGUUACAGUGUCCUGGGCGCUGAGGGGUUCGCGGGUGGGAAGUAUUACUGGGAGGUGGAGGUGGGAGACAAGACAGGCUGGAACCUGGGGGUUUGUAGGGAAUCUGUGAGCAGGAAGGGGGACGUCACACUCUCAACUGGGAAUGGAUACUGGGCCGUGUGGCUGAGGGAUGGGGGAUACAAAGCCUGCACCUCCCCCCCAACCUGCCUCCCCGUGAGCGUCAGGCCCAGCCGGGUGGGGAUUUUCCUGGACUAUGAGGCGGGCGAGGUCUCGUUUUACAAUGUGACUGACAGGUCCCAUUUCUUCACUUUCACUGACACCUUCUCCGGGACGCUCCGCCCUUAUUUCUGUCCUGGUGUCAGUUCCAGGGGUACAAACUUGGCUCCCCUGAUCAUCUGCCCGGUCCCAGCUCAGGCCGGAGGGAAUCUCUGUCCCUGACAGUGACCCGGCGGCACAGACUGGCCCCUCCCAGUGCUGCUGCUCUUCCCAC